CCUGGGAGUUUUCACCCACUGUCGACGAUGGACAACUUGGCCGGACUUCAUCCCAGAGAGGCCGUGGAGCGAGCGGCCACCUCGCUCGGCUGCAGUCCAACCUGUGCAGAGGUGGCUGAAUACUUUGACGAACACGACAAACUGAGGCAUCUCAGGGAGAACUUUCUGGUGCCCAAAGUGUCAGAUCUGCGUCCCUCUGAUCUCUCUGUGGUGGACGGAGGCAAAGACUGCAUCUACCUGUCGGGAAACUCUCUCGGACUUCAACCCAAAAUGGUUCAGAAGUAUCUGGAAGAAGAGCUGAACAACUGGGCCAGAAUGGGGGUCCAUGGUCACACAGAGGGGUCCAGACCGUGGGCGUGGGCUGAGAACACCAUCGAGAAGCUCAUGGCGAACCUUGUUGGAGCUACAACUGAGGAGGUGGCGCUGAUGAACGGCCUGACAGUAAAUCUUCACCUUCUAAUGCUUUCUUUCUACAAACCGACGACGAGUCGACACAAAAUCCUUCUGGAGGACAAGGCCUUCCCUUCAGAUCAUUACGCCGUCGAGUCUCAGAUCCGCCUGCGAGGAUUCGACCCUCAGCUCAGCAUGCUGCUGCUGUCUCCCAGACCGGGAGAAGAUACCCUCAGGACUGAGGACAUCCUGGAGGUGAUUCAGAAGGAGGGAGACAACAUUGCUGUGGUGAUGUUCAGCGGAGUUCAGUACUACACCGGCCAGCUGUUUGACAUGCACGCCAUCACUGAGGCUGGACACAAAAAGGGUUGUUUUGUAGGGUUCGACUGCGCCCACGCAGCAGGAAAUGUGGAGCUGAAGCUGCAUGACUGGGGCGUCGACUUCGCCUGCUGGUGCUCCUACAAGUAUAUAAACUCGGGUGCUGGUGGACUUGCUGGGGCGUUCGUUCAUGAAAAACAUAAAGACACCAUAAAGCCAACGUUGUUGGGAUGGUGGGGACAUGACCUGAAGACCCGCUUCCAGAUGACCAACAUGAUGGAGCUGCAGCCAGGAGUGAACGGGUUCAGGUUAUCAAACCAACCCAUUCUUCUAGUCUGCUCCCUACAGGCCAGCUUAGAGGUGUUUAACAUGACCAGCAUGCAGGCGCUGCGCAGCAAGUCCGUACUCCUGACGGGGUACCUGGAGUACCUGAUUAAACACUACUACGCGGAGGACCCGUCGAAGCCUCACGUGCACGUCAUCACACCCUCGGACCCUCAACAGAGAGGCUGCCAGCUGUCGCUCUCCUUCUCUGUCCCCAUCAGGAGGGUCUACGAGGAGCUGCAGAAGCGGGGGGUCGUCUGUGACAUGAGGGAGCCCAGCGUGCUGCGGAUUGCCCCAGUGCCGCUCUACAACUCCUUCAGAGAUGUCCAUCGGUUUGUCGACGCGCUGGGAGAAGCUCUCACAAGCAGCAGAUGAAGAGGACGCUCUUCUGUUAUCGAUGGGUGAAGACCUGCACGAAACCAAACCAAAUAAACGUUAGAAGCAUAAAAUAAUGUGACCCAGCAGAUCGACGUGAGGAUUAUUUCACAAAGUGGUAUGUUGCGAUACCGGCAGCCAUAUUGCAUUAGUUGAAAAACAUGGAUUUGGUGAAGAUAUGAUGAAUAAAUACGUCAUCUAUAGGUCUCGAGUGAAA